AUGCGCGUGUCGACGCGAUUUCGAAACUUUGGCGUCGGCGUGCGCGUGCGCGCGGGACGCGGGCGGGCGUCGGUGCGACGCGCGCGGACGGUGCUGCCGGAGCCGGUUCGCGAGGACGAGGACGAGGACGCGACGCCGCGAGCGACGAGGACGUCGGCGCGUUCCGAACGCGCGAUCGCGUCGAUCGAGGACGAGGAUUUGGAGCGCGUUGAGUUGGCGUACGAGGUGACGGUGCCCGCGCGGCGGGUCGACGCGCGGCGCGCGUUUGAAGUCGUGCUGCCGCUGAUUUGUCCGCGAGACGCGCGUCAAGCCGAGGAGUGCGUGCGAAGGAUGUCGUCGAUAAUCGAUUGCGCCGUCGUCGACGACGGCGACGAAGAAACGAUCGUGCGACAGACGAGUAAGUGGCGACACUCGGCGCUGAUCGCGGGGAAGUCGGUGACGACGACUAGAAUUCGUCGCGACGACGAGACGCUGUCGGUGACGUUCGACGUCGAUACGCGCGGAUGCGAUAAUAAUUCGUCGACACUGCGGAAAUACGUCGGUUUCACGGACGUGCGCGAGGUAUCCGACGACGCGUUGGCGAUUCGCAUGCACGGCGUGGCGCAAAUCGAUCGCGCGACGAGCUUCGCGUCGCGCAUGAUUCGAGAAGUCAUGCUCGGCGCGAUGCACAGCCAGAUGCGCGCCAGUCUCGUGGAUUUGGGACGCGCGCUCAAGGAAUGA